AUGAUUGGCUUGAGUGCGCAGAAGGACGAUGUUCCGACGGAGCGAUGGAAUGCGCUUUCUUCCAGAAAUCUCACUUCCCACGUCAGCCUUUGGCCAUUUCCAUCUUUUCUUCUCAAGAAUGACAAGGCGAGUUCGCGCCUGCCACCCUACCUGCAGAAGCAAGCCUCUACAGAUCUCGACGACGUAUUGCUUCCCUUCAACUCCACCACUAUCCGACCUCGGAUUCACACACACACCAACAACACCAGCACCACACACACACACGCUCUCAAUAUGCCGAAGAACAAAGGAAAGGGAGGCAAGAACCGUCGUCGCGGAAAGAACGAUAUCGGUGACAAGCGCGAGCUCGUCCUCAAAGAUGAAGGUCAAGAAUACGCCCAAGUGCUUAAGAUGCUCGGCAACGGCCGUCUGGAAGCGCAAUGUUUCGACGGCGAAAAGCGACUCGCACACAUCCGUGGCAAGCUCCGCAAAAAGGUAUGGAUCAACCAGGGAGACAUCAUCCUCAUCUCCCUACGCGACUUCCAGGACGGGAAAGCCGAUGUGAUCCAAAAGUACAACGCCGACGAAGCACGUGCGUUGAAGCAGCAGGGAGAGUUGCCAGAGAGCGCAAAGAUCAACGAGACCGACACGUUCGGCGAGGAGGAAGGUGGCGAGAUCGAGUUCCAGGAGGGUAGCGAUGAUGAGGACGAGAGCGACGACGAUGAGGAUCUUGAUGAUCUUUGA